UCAUGACCUUAACUGACUGAGCCACUCAGGUGCUUUUAAAAAGCAGCUGGGAAUUAUGUUCUCUUGUUCAUUUGUUUCUAGCUUUUACUCUGUAGGCUUUAAGUUGUGAAGCAUUCGCUUCACGGUUUUGAAUUUGUGUUUGAUCUUGAUUCUUACUCCUCGGUGUGGCAAUAGAGCCCUUCGAUUUUAAAGGUUUAUUCGAGAUCACUCAUGGAAGAGUUAUGUCACUCUCUAAAAUUCAGCCAGGACUCUCAGUUAGAGUUGGCAUCGGGAGAACAGAUCCGUAUUAAGUUUGUGAAAAGUCUGUGAAGUAACUUUGUUAUGUGUUGCUUUUCAGGAGUAGGUGGUUUGCCAGACUCAGGUGACCAGGCAGUUUCACACAUAAACCCUCCAGCAAAUUUAGAAAUAACUAGGCCCAACGCAGAGGAAGUGGAGUGCUGCUGUUGCACAAAAAAGAUGUCGAGCGGCUCCAGUGAAGUGGAUGUGAAAAGAACACGAAUACCUGCUUAUGAUGAUGAUAACACUGUUCUUUAUGCAUAUGAACCACAUACUGCAUAUGUCCAUAAUCAGGAAGCUGUUCUAUCUGACACAUCCUACAACGAAGAGCAACAAAAAACAGUUCAGGACGUCCUUACUCAUUGUCAGGUCAUCUAUGAUGCCAUUCAAAACCUGGAUAAGAAAUUUGAUGUCAUUCAUGGAAAAGUUUCAAAAAUCCACCGUUUACGUGUGAAAUCAAUAUGGCAAAAUCGCAAGCCAUUUGGAUAUGCAUACAAAAAUUACAAUUACCUGCUUUCCAGAAAGAUCAGGUUUCAGAAAAUGAGGAAAAAGGAGACUCCUUCUUCCUUAUCUGAACCUAAAAGCUAUAGCCCAACUAUUCCAGUAGAAAGGCCCAACUAUGAUUUCCAGAGCAGCUCUCUAGAAACAUCUUACCAUGCAGAGCCAGAGUCCCCAGAACGGGAUCCAGAGUCACUCUACCAGCGGCGGGAAUCGCGCAUGAGCCAGAGUCCAUCGCUUCUCUCCAUCUUCACUGCACAGUCAUACCAGCCAUAUUUCACACCCGAUCCAGUACAGGAGGGCUCCUCUUGCAUACCUUGCUAUGAUAGCCCAAAGGCCCACAGCACCACCAGUCUCUUCUUACCUAUCCGAGCAUCCACGGCGAUACCUGAAGGCUCGUUGACACAAGCUGAUCCCGGUUCACCAGAGAACCCUGACAUGAUGGCUUUUCCAAGUUCACUGGAAAAUGAGAGCCUCGGCCAUACUGCCUCAUCCCUUUACAUCCCAGGCAACUUUGCUACAAGUUCACCUGUUGGAAAUAAUCCAGGUGUCCUGAGAGACUUCCCUGCAGACCCUUCAACCUGGUCUGUGGAUGAAGUGAUCCUGUUUCUGAAACAAGCAGACCCUCAGACACUCACCCCUAUCGCUGACCUCUUCAGGCAACAUGACAUUGAUGGGAAGGCUCUGCUACUCCUCAAGAGUGACAUGAUGCUGAAGUACAUGGGGCUGAAGCUGGGGACCGCCGUGAAGUUGUGUCACUACAUUGAUGGGCUUAGAGGAGAAAAACACAUUGACAAUUGAAAAAAUGUUUCUGUACACUUAGCUUGGCCUUCAUUUAGGGAGACCAGUGCCAUCUUGGGGUAAAACCAUUUCCCUGCCCUUUAGAAGUUGUUGUUGUAUAGAAGGUUCUUCUACAAACAUGUCAUAUCCAGAAUUGCAGGGCUCCGUUACAGUCUAGUCUACUAUUUUAGAAGCCAUUUAACAUGUUAGUAUUGGCAUAUUCACAUUGGUUGUUGGUUCUUUACAUCUUUUUUAUUAUUUCAUUAUAUAGUUUACAAAUGUACUUCAUGCAGGAAACAGAAACACCUCUAAUUUCUGUUCAUCUUUUUCUAUAGAACCAAAAUAGCUGGAUCCCAAAGAGAAAAUAUCAGGGACUGGCAAAUUCUGUAAUAAAACCCAUGAGCCUUCCUUACAAGAAAACUUAAAAGACGCAAAUAUAGAUAUCAUCUUUCUACAAUAUUUUAUGUUUGUACUGCAAGGUUCUGUUCAUAUUCUGUCAGCUUCCCAAAAGGGAAAGCCAUAUAAAUUAUUUUCCUUUCUAUUAUUAUUUCUACAUAUGUUAUAUUUGUUCCUAUUUUUUAAAAAAAGGCAACAUUAUAAGCUUUCUUGAAAUAUUCUUAGCAGUUUUUGGGUAAAUUAUAGAGUAGUCAUUUUAUACAAGAGAUAGUUAUUUUAAAACUUCCAUAUUUUGCAUAAAUUUGGACAUUGCACCAGGCAUUCAAUGCUCACAUAUCUCUAUAAAGGUGUCUAUGUCCAGAUUUUUAAAAGAUGUAUAUUUUAGUCUGUGUUUAUUCCUCAUAAGGAUACUGUUUCAUAUUUAUAUUUUAUUCUAUAUAUGAAGUAUACGCACAAGUACAUCUUUUCUUUUUGAAUUUAAAAUAGCACUUUGUACCUCCACAUAGGUAAAUAUUAACAAUAUUUAGUGAGAUGUUUUUAUUCUGUUAAAAAUACUCACAUUAUUUGCCAUCACUACUGAUACCUCUGACCUUACUCUUCAGGGUUUCCUUCCAGGGAAGUUCUCUGUCUUAUGCAAUGUUUCUAGUUAACUUGCUUUCUGAGCCAAUUAUCCUACUAAAUUUGGGAAGAUAUGUUACUUCUGAUUGGUCAUUUUGAACUUUAUUUUAAAAAUUAGAACUUUCAAGUGAAACAUGUUCAUUUUUAUUGUUUUGUUAUUUAUUACCGUGUAUAACAUUUGAUGUUAUAUUUAUAAGCUGUGAGAAUUGGUGCUAAGUGUAUUAGCCAUUUGUUAUUAAAUGCCAAUAAAAUGUUCACCGGGGGCAAAAAUGUACAUUUUCCUUUUAGAAAACCAGGUGUGCUUUAUAAACACAUGCAAUUAUUUACUGGGCAUCUGUGAUUUAAAAGGUGCUUUUAUUUUUUUUUUUCCUUUCUUUUAUUUCUUAUAAGACCAGAUUCUAUUUUAAACUUGAUUUUCUCUCAAAUUGUGUGAAGAUGCCAGUGCCCAGUUGAACAGUCCUCAGGUGUUUGUAUGAAUACUAUGUUUUACAAUUUUCAGAUUUAAAAAUUUAAUAAAGUUUAAAAAACACAAUAAUUAA